AAAUAAAUAAAUUAUGAACAAUAGUUCUUUAUGUAUUUUAUGUUUUUAACAAUCUGAUGUUACAAAUACAGAUCUUCCUGUUUGUCAAACUUGUUUAAAAUAAUAAGCAUAGAAUUUAGAACAUUUUGAAGAUUAAAUUGAUCAAAUCCAUUAAGAAGUAUAUUAAUCAUUAUAUCUCAAAGAAUCAAUAAAAAUAGGAUGAAUCUUCAUCCAUUAGUGAAAUACUUCCUAAUAAAUUAUAUCUUGGUAAUUAUAUUGCAGCUAAAAACAAGAACCUUUUAAAAAAAUAUUAAAUAACUCACAUUCUGAUUUGUGGAGAUUACCUGAAGUAAAAAUUUCCUUAAGAUUUUCAAUAUCAUUAAAUCAAUAUUUAGGAUUCUUUAAAUCAAUCUAUUUUAGAAUAUUUAGAUCAAACUUACAAUUUCAUUGAUCAAGCAUAAAAUGUUUUUGUUCAUUGUGCUGCUGGUAUUAAUAGAUCCCCAGCUAUAGUUUGUGCUUAUUUAAUGAAAAAAAAUAAAUGGAAUUAUGAGCAAGCAUUUUAAUUUGUAAAAGAAAGAAGACCAGUUGUUAAUAAAUAAACAAAUUUUGCAUAAUAAUUAAAUUUAUAUGAAUAUUGAUUAAGGCAUUAAAUAAUU